UUAGACCUUAUUGCCCAGGUGGCUCUCUCUGCUUCACUCUCGAGUCUGUAAAACUGGUCCAGCUACCUCCCUUCUCAGAAAGCCGUUGAGAGGGUUAGAUGAAGCAGUGUUUAUCAGGGACUUAGUACAGUGCUAUCUGAGGAAGAGCUGGACCCUCUGGACACUAUUAGUCAGGUAAGGCAAGGUCUGGGCUGCGAUCACUACAGCAGUUACUGUUGGACAGAUACAUGGUAGGUGCGGUGUCAGUGUGUAUUAAUCCCGAGACAGAGUCUCACGCAUCCCAGGCUUGCCUUGAACUCCUAGCCCUCCGGACACCACCCCCGUCAGGGCUGGGUUACAGGUGUUCAUUGCCACAGCUGGUUUCUGUAGUUCUGGGAAUUGAACCCAGGGCUUCUUGUAUGCUAGAACUGAACCACGCCCUUGUGGUUUGUAGGUUUUGAGGGAUCUGAGGACUAGCUCAUCACCACCAUCUCCUCACCCUCACCACAAGGAAAUGAAGACCACAGUCCAUGGGGCUGGGAAUGGAGUGGGUCGCUAGCAUGUGUAAGGCCCCCGGCUUCCACCCCGCCGCCACUGCCAAAAGAGACCGGAAAGACCAGCUUGUAAACCCAGCAAGUUACAGAGCGCCCAACUUUGGUCCAGCUGGUGAUGAGAUGGGGGCCAGCCAGUCGAUGUGCUUCCCGUCCAUCUCGGGACCCCACCACGUUGGCUGCACGGAUGUGAUGGAGGGUUACGGUCUCGAGGGGAGCCUCUUCCGACUCUUCUACCCCUGCCAAGCACCAGAGAAGUGCCAGCAGCCCCUGUGGAUUCCCCGCUAUGAGUACUGCAUGGGUCUGGCUGACUACCUGCAGUAUAACAAGCGCUGGGUGGGGUUGCUGUUCAACGUGGGUGUUGGUUCUUGUCGCUUGCCUGUUAGCUGGAAUGGCCCCUUUAAGACAAAGGAAUCUGGAUACCCUUUGAUCAUCUUGUCCCAUGGUCUAGGAGGCUUCAGGGCGUUAUACUCGGCCUUCUGCAUGGAGCUGGCCUCCCGUGGCUUUGUGGUUGCUGCCGUGGAGCACAGGGACCAGUCAGCUGCAGCCACCUACUUCUGCAAGCAGACCCCACAAGAGAGCUCGCCCGCUGAAUCUCUGGAGGAGGAAUGGAUCCCCUUCCGUCGAAUCAAGGAAGGGGAGAAGGAAUUCCAUGUUAGGAAUCCCCAGGUGCAUCAGCGGGCGAAAGAGUGUGCGCGCGUGCUGCGGAUCCUUCAGGAUGCCUCUGCUGGGAAGACUGUCGUCAAUGUCUUCCCAGGCGGACUGGAUCUGAUGACCUUGAAGGGCAGCAUUGACGUGAGCCGCGCAGCUGUGAUGGGUCACUCCUUUGGAGGCGCUACAGCUGUCCUUGCUUUGACCCAGGAGGUCCAGUUUCGGUGUGCUAUAGCCUUGGACGCUUGGAUGUUCCCUCUGGAACGAGACUUUUACCCCAAAGCCCGGGGCCCUGUGUUCUUCAUCAACGUUGAGAAAUUCCAGACUGUGGAGAGUGUCAACUUGAUGAAGAAGAUAUGUGCCCAGCAUGAGCAGUCCAGGAUUGUGACUGUCCUAGGUGCUGUUCAUCGGAGUCAAACUGACUUUGCCUUUGUGACAGGCAACCUGAUUGCUAAAUUCUUCUCCAGUAACACUCGUGGGACCUUGGACCCUUAUGAAGGUCAGGAGGUCAUGGUGCAGGCCAUCUUGGCCUUCCUGCAGAAGCACCUUGACCUGAAGGAAGACUACGAUCAAUGGAGCAGCUUCAUCGAAGGCAUCGGACCGUCGCUCAUCCAAGGGGCCCCGCACUAUCUGUCCAGUCUAUAGGUCGCCUGAGCUGAGAUUCCACGUAGGAGCUGCCCAAGGAUACUUGCAACCUAUCGGCGGGACCCUUUUUUUUCUCAGAUCGAGAGGAUGUAAUCAGAGAGCUGAUUGGGCAACACAACUGGACGCUUUGCUCUUGGGAUGGUUGAUCUUAAACUCACCUCACAACAGAUUGUGGAUGGAUCGCUGGCUGACUGGGAAGCUGAUUUUUUUUUUUAAGUCAAGGACUCAUGACCCAGACUGGCUCUGAAGUUACUACGGGUUGAGGAUGGCCCUCUUUUUGAGUGACAGACAUUAGCACUCUUGCCUGGCUUGUAUUCAGUGCUGGGAAAUCAGACCUGAUGUGAGCCACUGCACCUGACUUGGGUUAAAGACUAUGAAGUACUCGUGUGCUGAGGACCUGUUCUCAAUAACAGUGGUCCCCACCCCUGUCCCAGGUCCCAUUUGCCUUAAGUAAGAACAGUGUCUACCUGCUCGGCUGAAUUCUCUCUUGGGUCAUUUCCACUCUUGCGCCAUUCUGUCUGUGCCACCAUAACUCCAUAGCCAGUCUUUUUGGCAUCCAGGCACACAUCUCAAGGAAAACUCACUGGAUCCAUGGUACCUACUUUAGACUGACUUUACGGUGGUUUGCCUAUCAAGGUUAGACAGACCAUUGUGCUAACUGACCACAUCCCCUACUCUUGGCGAGAAGAGUCAUAGGGUGGGACUGGCUGAGCCGCUCUCUGUCCCCAGGCAAAGCUCCAUAGAGCCUGGAUAGGACAACUUGACCGAGUGAGCCCAUUUCCUCACCUUGGGCAGUUGUUGCCUCAUGAAGUCAAAAGCCAGACGGAAACCUUAGGGCUUCCAGCCCUGCCCAGUGCUCUCCAUCUACCUUCUCUCUCUCUAGGGCAGUCUUCCGACCAUAGGAAAUACAGUAAUGGACACUUUGUACUGUCAUGCGUAGGAGCCCAUGUGGGGCAAAGAGUAUUGUCCUCAGAACACAGACACCAAGGAGCCCCUCAGAAACUCAGUGUCCUUGAGGUUUCACAAGUAUAUCUUGUCAGGAAACAUCCUGAGUAGGCUAAGAUGGGCUGGGAACUAUUAACAGAGCUGAGUUGCCAUUUGCACGGGCCUCAGAGGAACACCAGGUUGGCCAUCUCAACUCCGGGAAUGUCCCUAGAGAGGUCUGAGGUCAGCUUUGUCCUGCCUCUUACUCAAACCAGGGUACUUUAGUUGUCCGUUUUGUUUUGUUUCUGGUUUUUUUGUUUUUUGUUUUUUGUUUUUUGUUUUUUUUGAGGGCAUCCCCCAAUUUAAGUUAAGGAACCGAUCCAGUCUGCUUCUUCCUGUUUCGUUGAAUAUUAAUGCUCAUGUUGGCCUAAAGGCAUGCUGUAACUCCGUCUGUUUAAUCAACAUUACAGCAAGUUGGAGAACCACCUGGAAGUGACUUUUCUGAUUCCCUUUGUUUGAGAAUCAUGGGAAGUCUUCCCAGAGUUCCAAGCUCAGUGGGCAGGCCCACCCAGGGCUGUGUCUCUGCCAUACCAGAUGUGUCACGAGAGUCCAAGGAGGGAAGAACCCAGGAGGGACAAGCGCAGGUCGGACAUGUAUCUCUGCACAGUAGUCCAAGGUCAGGGCCACCAAAGCAAUCCAGAGAGGUGUGCACGCGUCAGGAGGCUCCUCAGGCAUGGCUCUGCAGCUGCACCGCCGGGCUUGGAGUCAUGGCUCACCACUGUAUAAACUGCAGCAAAUUCUACUGCCUUCCCAACCUCGAUUUCUGCAUAUGUAAAAUGAGGGCCUGUGUCAUGGGAGUUGGAAUGAUUGAGUGGGGGAUGGGUAACCCCGGAGCUAGUAAAUGUGCAUUUCCUAUGUCCCACACAUGUGCUAAUUGUUUGAACAUUAAAUAUGUCCAAGUCAGAAUGACCCACACAUAUGAUCUCUACCCUUCAAGAUUUGUUGAAACGUGAUUGUUGGCCCACUCACAGUAUGAUUAAAAAGUCUAUCCACUUUGAAA